GGAGCACCCGCUUCGGCUCUGCUUGUCCCGGGUUAGCCGGAAGCGCCUUUCUGGCCGCGCUUUAUAGGCCUCGCUUGUGUUUCCUGUUUCCUCUUUUACUAUACCCGCCAACAUGGGCCGCGUCCGCACCAAAACCGUGAAGAAGGCGGCCCGGGUCAUCAUUGAGAAGUACUACACGCGCCUGGGCAACGACUUCCACACCAACAAGCGCGUGUGCGAGGAGAUCGCCAUCAUCCCCAGCAAGAAGCUCCGCAACAAGAUCGCAGGCUAUGUCACACACCUGAUGAAGCGGAUUCAGAGGGGCCCGGUGCGAGGCAUCUCCAUCAAGCUGCAGGAGGAGGAGAGAGAAAGGAGGGAUAAUUACGUGCCCGAGGUCUCAGCCCUGGAUCAGGAGAUCAUUGAAGUAGACCCUGACACUAAGGAAAUGUUGAAACUCUUGGACUUUGGCAGUCUGUCCAACCUGCAGGUCACUCAGCCUACAGUUGGGAUGAAUUUCAAAACACCACGUGGAGCCGUUUGAAUCUUUCUGCUGUGCUGUAAUAUCUUCAAUAAACCUUGGACAACAAC